AUGCCAGUUCAAUUCUGGGUAUUGUGCUGCUCAAAGUGUUGCACGUUUCAAGUACAUCAUCGUAUAAAGUCGAAAACCUGGGUUUGCAAAGUUUGCUCUUGCAAGCAGUCAGUUUUAAAGGUUUUCGCAGAAGGAAUUGCUCAAGAAUGUCGUAAAGUUGUACAGAAGUUAAAUAGACAAGGUGUUCUUCGUCAAAUGAAUUUGCAUGAAUAUGGGCUACUAAAUCAUCCAAGAGCACCGCAAUCGAGUUCAAAUAUAGAUUUGUCUGGAAAAACUAUGCCAACAAAAAAUUCCCUGUCCAAAGAUGAAAUUACCUCAGCUCAAGAUAUUGAUACUGCUGAUUCUAAUGAGUGUCUGACAGUAGAGUCUCAGGAAAUCUCCUACCGUUUAUAUCCAUAUUCGAAAACCUCUGGUUCUCAAACAAAGAUGAACACUAGUAACCCAAAAGAUAUCUUAGUUCCGAAUUCUACAGUUUCCAGUCAAACAAGUCCUUUUUUGCCGCCUGAUAAAUCAAAUACAGAUUCAUCUCAAAAAUUUAUUUCAAAAUGGGAUAUCUACUUGUAA